GCAGGGCAGCGACAGCGCACAACGAAGUGGCGACGGCGGGUGAGUCAGGUUGGUUUUCUUGCGGUGAGUGCGCCAUACGGAAUCAGUCCACAUUGGAGCUUGGCGUUGUGUGUACAAGAAUACGAGUGUAGCAAGAAACUUGAACGCGACGGCGGUGACGUUUCGAUUGUUGCGUUAACGACGGCUGUUGAUGAUGGGUGUGAAUGGCGCGUGUGGAUUGGUGAUUAACAACAAAAACCGCAAAGUAUCAAUGUGUUUCAAGUGAAAUUGAUAUCGGUGUAAAACAACAAAAAAAAAAAAUAAUUAACAACAGUUAUUAGUAAAAGUUUCGGUUAGUGAAUUGUUGAGUUGAAAGUGCAUGAAAAUAAAAAUUGAAAUAUUAAAGAUUUCAUCAAAAAUUAAUAGUGAAAAGAUAAGCAAAAAUAUUCAAGGUUGAUAUAAACUUGGUAUAAGAGCCAGCAAGCAUCUUAUACAGAAGUGUAAUCUAUCUUAAGCGGUAUUCAAUUUGGCACACAAAAGCUGCACUCGCCUUUCCACACAAGAGACACCACACAACCGAAGCGUAAAAAUGCUCGUGCCGUCGGACAUGAUUGCGGCCCAGUCCAAAAUGGUCUACCAAAUGAACAAAUAUUGCGCGGAUCGCGUACAGGUGCGCAAAGCACAAAUCCACAAACAAAUACUCGAGGUGUGUCGCAUCGUGCAGGAUGUGCUCAAGGAGGUCGAAGUGCAAGAGCCGCGUUUCAUCUCCUCACUCAACGACUACAACGGUCGCUUUGAGGGUCUCGAAGUGAUCUCGCCCAACGAAUUCGAAAUUGUCAUUUACCUUAAUCAAAUGGGUGUGCUGAAUUUCGUUGACGACGGCACCUUACCCGGCUGUGCGGUGCUCAAGCUGAGUGAUGGUCGUAAACGUUCCAUGUCGCUAUGGGUGGAAUUUAUCACCGCGUCGGGUUAUUUGUCAGCGCGCAAAAUACGCUCGCGCUUUCAAACGCUGGUGGCGCAGGCGUGCGACAAGUGCGCCUACCGCGAUAUUGUCAAAAUGAUUGCCGACACCACGGAGGUGAAGUUGCGUAUACGCGAACGCAUCAUUGUGCAGAUUACGCCCGCCUUCAAGUGCGCCGGCUUAUGGCCGCGUUCGGCCGCUCACUGGCCGCUGCCCGGCAUACCGUGGCCGCAUCCCAAUAUUGUGGCAGAGGUUAAGACUGAGGGCUUCGACAUGCUGUCGAAGGAGUGCAUUGCGUUGCAGGGCAAAAAUUCCGCCAUGGAGGGCGAUGCAUGGGUGUUGAGUUUCACCGAUGCCGAGAAUCGUCUGUUGCAAGGUGCCAGUCGCCGGCGUUGUUUGAGUAUUUUGAAGACAUUACGCGAUCGACAUUUGGACUUGCCCGGCAAUCCGGUCACUUCAUACCACCUGAAGACACUGCUGCUCUACGAGUGUGAGAAGCAUCCGCGCGAAAUGGAAUGGGAAGAGAAUUGCAUUGCUGAUCGCAUUAACGGCAUAUUUCUGCAGCUGAUUUCCUGCUUGCAGUGCCGUCGUUGUCCACACUAUUUUCUACCGAAUAUGGAUUUGUUCAAGGGCAAAUCGCCCGGCGCGCUGGAGAAUGCCGCGAAGCAAGUGUGGCGCCUCACACGAAUCAUGCUGACCAAUGCGCGGUGCCUAGAGGAGUUAUAAAAUUGUUACAAUUAUUAUUUGCGUUAAUUUGUAAGAAAUUAAAAAAAUUAAAUAAGUAUUUAUAAAGGGUAGCUGUUUUAAGUUAGGGUGGUUUAACAAAUUUUUAGGUUGCUAAUUUGAGUGGAGAGUAGUGAAAAAAAAAUUUUUUAAGUUAAUAUUAUUUAAUACAAAAUUUUUUAUUAUACAUUUUAAAUUUAAAAAUUAUAAUUUUUAUUUUUUAAUUAUUUUUUUUAUCAAUAAAAAUUUUUAAUUUUUUUUGUUAUAGAAUUUUUUUAAUUCCAAAAUUGAAUUUUUCAACUAUAAUUAAAAUCAAUAAUUAUUAAUUUCUUUUUGGUUAUAAAGUUAAUUUUUUUUAUAUAUAAACUUUUUUAAUAAAAAAAAUAAAUUUUUUGAAUUAAAAUUUUUCAUAUAUAAUAUUUAAUAUUUUUUUGUGUAAAAUAAAUUUAAUAUUUGCCUACUAAAUUCUACAAUAAUUUCAUAUGUUUGCAUGUGUGUGUGUAAAAUUUUCUUAAGCGUCCAGUGACUAGUUUUUUAAGUGGUGCGUUUUGUUCAUUUAGUAGCAUUUCAAUGCUCUUUAAGUACAAUCAAUAAAAGUUUAGUGAUUUAGGCUUGCAACGGUUGUAAAGUAAAGUAUAAGUUGCAUUUUCGACUUGAAAAAAUAAAUUAUCAUAAUUAAAUUUAUUUAGAUUAUUACAAAAAAUUUUAAACUUACUGAAAAAAUUAGCAUAGCAAAUGUAUACGAUUAAAAAGCUUUUGUGAAAGCUUUUUUUAGCAUAUUUUAAAACUGUUAUUUAAGAAUUUCUUCUCAACAAUUGUUUCACAUGUUUAUGUAAUGUAAGUGAAAGCUUUUUUCAGCAUAUUUUAAAACUGUUAGUAAUUUAAGUACUUCUUCUCAACAAUUGUUUCAUACGUUUUUGCAAUUUAAGUUUACUUUGUUAAGAAAAAGAAAAAGUAUACCCUGCACAGGAAAUAAUAAGUUUGUCACGAAGUUUGUAAUACUCAGAAGAAAACGGCAAGACCCUAUAAAGUAUAUACAUACAUAUAAAUGAUUGGUGUGACGAGCUGAGUCGAUUUAGCCAUCUCCGUCUGUCUGUCUGUAUAUACGCGCACUGGUCCCUCAGUUUUUGAGAUAUCGAUCUGAAAUUUUGCGCAUAUCCUUCUCGCCCCAAGAAGCUGCUCACUUGUCGGAAUCGACGAUAUCGGAGCACUACAGGAUAUAGCUGCCAUAUAAACUGAUCCGUCAAAUGAAUUCCUUGUAUGCAAAACUGUUUUAUUUUUCAAGAUAUCUUCACGAAAUUUGUCAUAGAUUAUUGCCCAAGGCAACGCUAUAACCUCCGAAUAUAUUGUGCUGAUCGGACCAAUAUAGCAUAUAGCCGCCAUAUAAACUGAUCGAUUAAAUUCAAGAGCUUUUCAGUGAGCUUUCUAUACCCUUUAAUGCUAUAAGAAAUGCAUUUGUUAAGGGUAUUAUAGCUUCAGUGCAGCCGAGGUUAACGUUUUUUCUGGUUUUUACUUCAAUACACACAAACACACUUUCUUCUCUACUUUUACUUGCCUUUAAUUAUUAUUAGUCUAUUAAUCGUUUCGUUUGUUUAUUUAUUGUAUUGCUUAUAAACUUAAUAAAAAAACAUAUAUGUAAACAUAUAAAAACACAAAUCAAAAGAAAAUAAAAUUAUUAUUACACAUUAUUGUAGUAAACAAAGAACUACUUAGUAAUUUAACAAAAACAAAA